GUACUUUAUGUGAUAAGUUUGACAGCCUGAUUCGUUUUUUUCGUUCUAUCCUCUUUCCGGGAAGAAUUUCGAAAAAUUUGUCACAUUGUAUCUUCUACGGGUAUUUAAAGGAUUCUCAACGCGUGACGAGUGUUGGUGGUCUGCAAAAAGAAUUUUUCUCAAGCAGGAUGGUAAUCUAGUGGUUCCAAAGGCCGGCAUCGCUGAUCGAAAGACACGGCUAAUUUUUUUUUGUUCACUUUGGCAUUCGUACGUGUGCGUGUGUUGCUGAGAAGUGAAAAUUUUGUCAUAGCCUAUGUCAAUCGGAAGGUGUUUUGGUAUCGAUUCCUCCGUCUCUCGAUUCUAAAACAAUUCUAAAUUUUUCGGCCUGGAAUAAAAUACCGCAGUAAUGGAAGCGCUGGUGGAAAAUUCGUCAAACCCACCGUCUCGUUUCUAUUGUCAUUCUUGCUCCGUAGAGAUUGAUCGAGUUUCAUCAGACUUCACCUGCCCUUAUUGCUUGGAAGGUUUCAUCGAGGAGCUGCCAGCUGCAGAUCGUAGUAAUAAUCCUUCUUCACCGCCAGUUCCAGUAGAAACUGAUUCGAUUCCAAAUGAUUUCAUCAACCCACAGGCAAUAAGACUAGCUAGUGAAAUCUUCAGCAAUAGCAUACUGUCCCCUCUGUUGAUGCCAGCCGGAAAUGGGCCCCGUGGAUCCGAUUCUGAGGCAGCAGGUUCGCUAGGUGAUGAACCUGCCGAUUCGGGUGCGCUAGGCGCUUCUGGUGGGGGUGGUGGUCAGUAUGAACUGCGAGUACUCGGAAGGCAUCGCAAUCGACGCCGUGGGAUGCAGAACAUAAACAAUCUGGACAAUAUUUUGCGAGAAAUUCUUAUCUCGGUAGCGGAUGGAGCCAAUGGUGGUGCUGGUGGAACACCGAUGUUCUUUAUGGGUAAUCCAGGUGACUAUGCCUGGGGUCGGGAAGGACUGGAUACUAUUGUAACACAGUUGCUCAAUCAAAUGGACAACACGGGACCGCCUCCCUUGGAAAAAGAAAAGAUUGCCGAAAUUCCGACGGUCACUAUUAGUGCCGAACAGGUUGAGAUGAAACUGCAGUGCUCGGUUUGCUGGGAAGAUUUUCAGAUCGAUGAAGUGGUGCGGAAAUUAACUUGUGCUCACGUAUAUCACGAAUCGUGCAUCAUUCCCUGGUUGGAACUGCACGGAACUUGUCCUAUAUGUCGGAAGAGUUUGGCACCAGAGCAACAACCAGAUGAACAGAGGGGUUUAGCAGCAGCUGCUAAUGCAGUUGCACAUACCUUACGAUCUCUUACUUCGGAUGCGUUUCCUGGUGCAGCUAGCCAAUUGUCCUCAUCGUCAGUGGACAGAGACGGACCGUCAACAUCUAAUCUACUGGUUGACUUGCAACCGCUCUACACCUUCGGAACCGUUGGAAAUUCCGGUGGUAGAAGAGUCGGCGCAAAUCCCUUACAGUCAAGAUCGCCAGUGAUUAGGUCUUCGACGUUGUCAAGUACGCAACAACAGCAAAACAAUUCCACCCACCCGGCGGUGCAUGAGACUGGACCAACUUCCUCCUCAAAUGGAAGCACAGACGAGGCCAGCAGUAGCACCACUAACAGGUAUCGGGAUGAUGACGGUAAUAUCGAUUAUGAGUUUGAUUAAUGGGAUUAAUCCCUGGUGCCCCGGAGGGAAAGUUGCAUAGAUACGAAUAACGCUUUGAACCAAAACUUUGCCCUUAACAUAGGAUUUGUUUUUGCUUUGACCUAAUUAGAAUUCAAGCGAAUCGAAACGUUAAAUUGAGUUUAUAUAUAUAUAGAUUUAUCCGUUUUUGUUUGUACAUUGAUGGCGCAUGAUGGUGUAUGAUCAUCGUUACGCUUGUAUAAAUAGGAUAAAGCGCAUUAAUUGGGACUGUUUUCUAUGCACUACUGAUUUCUGGGACUCUUGUUGUCACAGACAUACACUCUAAUAAAACCGAGAUUUCUCCCAAAUUUGAUACACCUUUUCAUCAUUGAUCUACGCACGUUUCUAGAGAACGGCAAGUUUUAGUAUGUUAUUUUUUGCCUUGAAAUAGAAAACCAUUUUCCUUUAGAAGAACUGGGCUAUCCCACAGGGCACAGUAUUGAGAAAUGCUGUUCAAAAUCGACUAAAGCAAACACCUAAUCACGAAAAAUAACAAAGAGCAAAGCAAAGCGAGCUAAUCGGUAGCAAGAUAAUGAUUCUUUAAAAUAAAAUAAAGUAUGAAGGAUGAAA